GAACCCUCUCGACUCGGUAGUGAUGAUGACACACAUCAUCAUCAGCAGCAGCACCAGCCUCUUCCAGAAGUUUCCUCGCACGGUUUCCACAUCGGCGGGAACACAUGGGUGCUGCUGUUUUGAAGGGGUGUUUUAUUUAAUGUUACAUUUGUGUAGUAUAAGUUGAGUGACAUCGUCUCGGUGAAGAGUAGGACGCUUUCUACGAACAGUGACUAGGGAAGCUAACCUUGACAGUUAGCUAGCAGCUAGUGUCCGCAGCAGGGACAGCUGUAACCUGGCCCUCAGUCGGGACCACUGGGUGUGAUGUUAGCACUGGAGAGAAACUCAAGCGUCAUGAUGUUUUUUUUUAAGUGAAAGAAGAAGUGACCGGUUGUUGACAUGGGUAAAGACUACUAUAAAGUGCUAGGAAUAGCCAAAGGUGCCACCGAAGAUGAGGUAAAAAAGGCAUACAGAAAACAGGCCUUACGCUUUCAUCCCGAUAAAAACAAGUCUCCUGGAGCAGAAGACAAAUUCAAGGAGAUAGCUGAAGCCUAUGAUGUCCUCAGUGAUGCCAAGAAAAAGGACGUUUAUGAUCGCUUUGGAGAAGAAGGAUUAAAGGGUACACCUGCUAGUGGAGGACACACUGGUCAAAGCUACAACUACACCUUCCAUGGAGACCCUCACGCAAUGUUCGCUGAGUUCUUCGGUGGCCGCAGCCCUUUCGAUCAUUUUUUCCCACAAAAUGGGCACGAUAACAUGGACAUCGACGACCCUUUUGGGCAGUUUGGCAUGGGAAGAAUGGGAGGCAUGGGUGGCAUGGGUGGCUUCCAAAGGUCCUUUAAAUCCCAACAAGGUGGCCCCCGCAGAGCGCAUGAGAAGAAGAAGGACCCGCCCGUCAUGCACGAGUUGAAGGUGAGCCUGGAGGAGGUCUUCUCGGGCUGCACCAAAAAGAUGAAGAUUUCCCGCAAGAGACUGAAUCCGGACGGCUGCACCAUGCGCAACGAAGACAAGAUUUUAACAGUCGACAUCAAGCGCGGCUGGAAGGAGGGGACGAAGAUCACCUUUCCCAAAGAGGGAGACGAAACUCCCAGCAACAUUCCUGCAGAUGUGGUGUUUGUAGUAAAAGAUAAACCCCACCCGGUGUUCAGAAGAGAAGGCUCAGAUAUUAUCUAUCCUGCAAAGAUAUCCCUCAGAGAAGCGCUGUGUGGAUGCACAGUCAACGCCCCUACACUCGAUGGAAGGACCAUCACUGUGUCCUCCAGAGACGUUGUCAAACCUGGGAUGAAAAAGCGAAUUGCUGGAGAGGGGCUCCCUCUCUCCAAGUGCCCCGAGAAGAGGGGCGACAUGGUCCUGGACUUUACGGUGAAAUUUCCUGAAAAACUGGGCCAAAGCACACGAGAUGCACUCAAGCAGAUCCUUCCACCGUAACCAGUGAACAAUUCCAGCAACACACUCCUCUGCUUUUUAGACCGGACAACUGAGGCUCAGGGCAGAUUUGGUUUGCUCUAAUGAGCGUCUAAAGACUUGGAAACUGACAGAGCAGCUUACAUAAGGGUUUGUGUGUGCGUUCAGUGGAGGCUGAUUAACAGGUUUACAUCAAAAUAUAUCACAUAUUUCAAACAAAUUUGCAAAAUGAAACGUGAAUGAAAACAAGUUCCAUCCACACCCGUUAUGCAAUAAUGAGAAAAUGGUAUAAUAGAGAUAAGUAGCGGAGCAGUCCGGAAACCAUUUGACCUUUUCAGAAAAGGGUGCAACAGUGGGUCAUAUAGAGCAGUGGUUCCCAACCUGGGGGGAGCCAAAGAUCGCAGGGGGGGCGCCAGGCCUCAGAUGAUUUGAGGCCA